GUCUAUAUAAUAUGGUCCAACGCUGUUAAGUUGAACGUAGAAGUGUGUUAAGUAUUAUAGAUAUAAGUGCAUAUUAUUACUAUAGAGGUUUGUUAUUUCUAGUUAGGAAUCGGAAUAACCAACUAAGACCAUAAAAAAUGGGAGUUUUCCAUUUGAUUGCAUUAGCGUUAUUCGCUGUUGGAUCUUUUGCUGAACAUAAUAUACCGAAGCUAACAAACGAGGAUAAUUUUAUUGGAGAGAAGAAGUGGGUAGUUUUGGUAGCUGGUUCAGAUGGAUGGAGCAAUUACAGACAUCAGGCGGACAUAUGCCAUGCAUACCAACUAAUUAAAAGUAACGGAAUACCAGAAGAAAACAUCAUAACAAUGAUGGUGGAUGACAUUGCAUAUAAUUCAAGGAAUCCUACACCUGGGACGAUUAUUAACAAGCCAAACGGCACUGACGUUUACCAAGGAGUUGUAAUCGACUACAAAGGAAAAGACGUAAACAAAUCAAAUUUCUUAAAAAUUAUCACUGGCGACAGUGAAGGCAUGCGAUCCAUUGGAAGUGGCAAAGUUAUAAAAGGAGGACGACUCGAUAAGAUUUUCAUUAACUAUGUUGAUCAUGGUUCGACUGGAUUCUUAUGUUUCCCAGAUGAUUAUUUGUAUGCCGAUGAACUAAACGAUGCAUUUAAUUCUAUGCAUGGAAAUGGAACUUAUAAAAAGAUGUUGUUGUACAUUGAAGCAUGUAAAGCUGGAUCUAUGUUUGAUGGUAUACUUAGUGAAGACACAAACAUUUUGGCAAUAACCGCAUCAGGACCAAGAGAAAGUUCAUACGGUUGCUACUGCAGAUCUGAAUCGGGUCCGUACAGGACAUGUCUCGGAGAUUUGUUCAGUGUCACAUGGAUGGAAGACUUAGAUGUGCCAACGUCCAGACAGUCAGCAAGGAAACGGUCCAUUUUCAACGACUUUAGGGAGGUCAGAACCAACGUAACUAAAAGUAAUGUCAUGAUGUACGGAGAUCUUGAUAACGGAAGCGAUAAACUCUCCUCGUUUAUUGGUUAUCAUGGAAAUGAUGGCAACGUCUCGCCGGCUGUACGAAAAUCGAACGAGAUCAAUAUAAAAACCACAACAUCCAGUCGAGAUGUACACGAAAGUGAAUUACAAUAUCGAUUGGCGCACGAAAAGUUGUCGCUUCCAGAAACGCUCAAAUUGUCAGCAGAAUUACGUAAAAAUAACAAGAUGAGAUCCGUCAUAGACUCUGUACUCCAAAACAUUUACUCGGAAGUGGUGAAGGCAAGGCCGGACAUCAAGAGCGAAAUCGGUUACUACGACGAACCUAACUAUCUACAACUGAAUUUGUCCAUGUUCCCAUGCUACAGAAGCGUUUUGAAUCAAAUCACCGAGAGCUGCUUUUCAUUGCCUCAGAAUCCCUACGUAUUGGAUAAGUUAACGAUUUUCGCCAACAUGUGUGUCGUUGACAAUCAAAUCCACCAGAUGGUCGGCAACAUAGUCGUUAAAUCGUGUUCAAACAUACCAAAAAACAUAAUAAACGUACAAUAAAAUGUAAUAUUAUAUAGAAUUAUGUAGUAUUAUUAUUUAGUGCAAAAGUUUAAUGUUUAAGUUUCAACAAUUAAUGAUAUUAUUGAUAUUCAAUAAAUAUUAAAAUAUAAUCAUUCCGUAAUAUUCA